GCGCCACACGGCGGCGGCGGGCGGAGCGGCAAGGGCUUCGCGCAGCGGGGCCGCGCCGAAGGCCCGGCAGGUAGGGUGGGCCUGGGCCGGUGCUUCUCUGAUUAAAAAAAAGAGGCUGGAAGGUGCCGUGAAGGGCAGGCAAAGCGCGGUGAGGGCUCCCGCAGGAAGCUUGUCCCCUCUCGGAGGCCGUACCCCGCUCAGCUGCUGCCGUUCCCGCCUAAAUUUUUUGGUGUGUGUGAGGGGGGAGUCCGGGCCUCGAGGCCUGCAGGCUCCAUGAAGCUGCUGCGUCUGCUGUGUCGCCACAAGACGGCCCUGGGUCUGGGCGGCCUGUCGCUCUUCGCUGUGGUCCUGCUCUACCUGGCCAAGUGCACCUCUGAGGGCCUGCGGCCGCUGCCAGCCCCCCGCGGGUUGCCCCACCAGCAGCCCCCUCUGCCAUGGGGUGUCAGGGGGCCGCCUGCCAUCCCGCCGCCCUCCCCUCCUCAGGAGUCGGCCUUUUUGGCGGUGCUCAUCACCAGCGGCCCCAAGUACACCGAGCGCCGCAGCAUCAUCCGCAGCACCUGGCUGGCAGCGGCCGGCCACCCUCCUCAGCACAACAUCUGGAGCCGUUUCGUCAUCGGCACAGGUGGGCUGGGGGCUGAGGAGCUGCGGAGCCUGGAGCUGGAACAGAACCGCCAUAGGGAUCUCCUUCUCCUGCCGGAGCUGAAGGAUUCCUACGAGAACUUGACCGCCAAAGUGCUGGCCACGUACGUCUGGUUGGAUCUGCACCUUGACUUCCAGUUCGCCCUGAAGGCCGACGAUGAUACGUUUGUACGUUUGGAUGUGCUGGUGGAAGAUCUGAGAGCCAAGGAGCCACGUCGCCUCUACUGGGGCUUCUUUUCCGGCCGUGGGCGAGUGAAAUCUGGUGGGAAGUGGAAAGAGAGUGCCUGGGUGCUCUGUGACUACUACCUGCCGUAUGCCCUAGGUGGAGGUUAUGUGCUUUCUGCAGAUCUGGUGCACUAUUUGCGGCUCAACAAAGACUACCUGAACAUGUGGCAGAGCGAGGAUGUCUCCCUGGGAGUCUGGCUGGCUCCAAUUGAUGUCAAAAGAGUGCACGAUCCUCGUUUUGACACUGAGUAUAAGUCACGGGGUUGCAACAAUAAGUACAUAGUAACGCAUAAGCAAAGCAUCGAGGACAUGCUGGAAAAGCACCAGACCUUGGCUAAAGAAGGGAAGCUCUGUAAAGAGGAGGUUAAGCUCAGGCUUUCUUACAUGUAUGACUGGGGAGUGCCACCUUCCCAGUGCUGCCAAAGGAAGGAUGGCAUCCCCUGAAAUUCUGAGGAAGGAAAAGGCAGAUUAUUACUGGACUCUCUGAGCUGGGUUACUGUUACGUGGAGAGAAUCCCAAUAACUAGGGCUUAAAAAAUUACUCAAAAGAUUUUGCACGAUUCAUUAUGUCACAAUCAAUGAAACCCUGAAAUUCCUGAGAGCUACUGCUGUGGCAUGAUGUAAAGUUGUUUAUAGAAGAGAAAGAUAUGACAAAAACCUGGAAAGGCUCACGUUACAGGAUUGAAGGCAAACAGUAGGUUGCGAGAUGAUAGUACAGAAUUCUGGGGGAGGUAACUUGGAUCAAAAGCUGCUAGAAGAUUUUUAACAGAUUCUAUGAUAUAUCUGCUAAAGAUCAUGGCAGGCCUUUACAGUAUAAGAUUGUGAAACUAACAUCUGGUAUUUAUUUAUUGGCAAAAAACAAUUGCCAGUUUGGCAAGGUUUGAAAAUUCGAACGCGGCUGCAAAUUGGUUGCUUUUGCCAGUGGGAACAGGUGUCUGUCACAAGCAUUCAAGUAAGGAGAAUGAUUUUGCACCAGAUAUUCACGUUAAGGGAGGGAGAGAGUCUGUUCUUUGGAGAGUGCUCUGAUUUACAAGAAUAGAAUUAUUAGACCUUUCUAUGUAA